AUGGCCAGGAUCACCCGUGCCCACAAUGGCAUGAAGAAGAAGGGAGAGGCUGGUGCGGCCAAGAAUGUGAGUCGUCAUGGCCGGAGCGGUGCACUGUUUGUCAUGUCGUUGGCACACCACAUUCGCCGUCCCUCCAAGCCCGGAGCCAGCGCGUGUGCGAAGCUCAAGCCAGACCGCCCGAUGGAAACUGACCACGCUUGCCUGCUCUACUCGAUGAUAGUACAUCACGCGCAACCAAGCCAUCAAGAAGCUGCAGUGCACCUUGUCGGACUUCCGUCGCUUGUGCAUCCUCAAGGGUGAGCCUUCGUUCCAAUCGUUGGGUCGUCCGGUCCGCGGGCUGGCUGGCUGCGAAGGCGGUCUCGGCGCGGGGUCGAUCCUGCGCGAAGUGAUCGCUGACGAUCCAGACAUCACAUAACCCAUCUACUAGGCAUCUACCCUCGUGAACCCAGGUCGCGCAAAAAGGCCAACAAGGGCUCGACCACCCCGGCCUCGUUCUACUAUGCCAAGGACAUCCAAUACCUCUUGCAUGAGCCCGUGCUCGGCAAGCUGCGAGAGCACAAGGCUUUCGCGAAGAAGCUGUCGCGUGCGAUCGGGAGGGGGGAGUGGCACCUCGCCAAGAACUUGGAAGAUUCCAAGCCUGUGUACCGUCUGGAUCACAUUAUCAAAGAGCGGUGCGUUGACUUGCGUCAGGUGGGCUCGGGUUCCAUUCGUUCUGGAGGCGGUACUGACCUCCGCCGCGCUUCCCUCGUCGAGCUCAGGUACCCGACCUUCAUCGACUCGCUCCGAGACCUCGACGACGCCUUGUCCUUGAUCGUCUUGUUCGCUUCUUUGCCUGCGACGACGACGAUCCCGGCUUCCAUCAUCGCCAACUGCACCCAGCUCGCCGCGCAAUGGCAACUCUACGUGAUGCGCACCCGAUCGCUGCGCAAGGUCUUCCUCUCGAUCAAGGGCAUCUACUUUCAGGCCGAGGUUCAAGGCCAGACCGUCACAUGGCUCGUACCUUACAUGUUCACCCAGACCGUCAGUCUUGCUUCGAACUUGCAGCCAAGUGCUUGGGUAUCUGGCAGCUGAGACUCGAUUCGGUUCAUCUUCCCACAGAUCCCUUCCGAUCUCGACUACCGGAUCAUGCUCACGUUUCUCGAGCUGUACCAAACCUUGCUCGGUUUCGUCUUUUACAAGCUCUAUACCGACAUCAACCUCAUCUACCCGCCUAAGCUCGAUCAGGUGCUCGAUGAGCAUGGAGCCGGUAUCGGUGCGCUCUUGCUCGAGGAGAACGGCCACGGUUUGAUCGUCGUGCGAGAUGAUGCGGCGCAGGCAGCCGAGUCGACGGGCACCGAGAAGCGCAAGCCCAACGCCAAAGACGUCCGAAAGCAGAUCAAGCAGAUCGGUCUCGGUGGCAACGACGCUCAGCCCGCGCUCGAGGAUGACGAACAACGUGCCGCCGCUGCGGCUUCGAACGAUACCAGUGCCGCCCAAGAGCUCGACGUCUUCCCUUCGAACGGUGCCGGUGACGAGGCCUUGCAACCCGAGGCGACUUCGGCUGCGACCGGCCUCUUUGAAGGCUACUUCUUCUACCUCUCCCGCGAGGUGACUCGACCGACACUAGAGUUUGUCAUUCGCUCAUUCGGUGGUCAAGUUGGAUGGGAUGCCGUGCUCGGAGCUGGCUCGCCGUUCGAAGAGAACGACGCUCGCAUCACCCACCAUGUCGUCGAUCGACCGGUCGUCGCCGGCGCACCGCCGCGCUCGCACCCUGGAAAGCGAGCUUACAUCCAGCCCCAAUGGGUCGUCGACUGCAUCAACCGGAGGACGCUGUUGCCGACGGAUCAGUACGCACCCGGCCAGGUUUUGCCGCCCCAUUUGAGUCCCUUCGUCGAUGAGGACGAGGUUCGCGAACGAGGUGGUUACGUGCCGAUGGAGGCGAGGAGGAUUGGUGAAGCCGAUGUUGUCGACGCCGAUAUGGAUGCUGAGCAAGACGAGAACGAAGACGACGAUGAGGACGACGAAGAGGAUGACGACGAGGAUGAAGAGAUGGACGAGGACGAGGAAGUUGAGGAGGUUGCGAGCAAGGGCAAGAAGGGCAAGAAGCCGGCCCCUGCGCUCUUGGCGGCCGCCAAGGAUCCCAAGAACGCAGCGUUGCUUCACGCUGCUGAACUCGAGGCCGAGUCGAGGGGUAUCGAGCCGGCGCAGUUCGAGGCUGAACUCGCGAGCGAGACCAAGAAAGCCAAGAAGAACUCCGCUGGUCCGGGGGCCAAGGGUCCCAAGGCGCCUAAGAAGGUCUCGAGGAGCCAAGAGGAGCAGUUGGCGAGCAUCAUGCUGACGGGAAAGCAGAAGAAGCUCUACUCGAAGAUGGUCUACUCGAAGGACCGUCGCGCGGAGGAGACGGCCAAGUUGGUCGCGAGGAAGAAAGAGCUCGAGAAGAAGCAGCAGAAGAGGGGCACAAAGGGCGAUCAGGUCGGAUUGUGA